AUGGCAAGAUCAACUCCAGGAAAUAUCACUAGUUGUGAAUAUGAGAGCGAUACAUACACUAAUAUUCAGCCCGACAAGACACUGAGUUUCAAUCUACUGGCAAUAUUUGAGAGGAAGACUGAUCAAAAUCGUCCAUUUCCGCUUUAUAUUGACAGUUCAGAAACCAAUACAGGGAUUGUGAGAGGAAAUGCACGUGUUUUUGUGGAAUUACUCGAUGAGGAUGUUAUGAAGAACCGAAUACAAGAAAAUGUAACCGUACACAUAGACCAUACAGUUCCAGAUAUAAACAACAUGUGGUUGGUUAGGAAUAAGAACCGUGAGUUGUACGUCCAUAACAGUAGAGACUUAUCAGACAUGGUGUUGGAAUUUGAUGCAAGUGACCCACACAGUGGAAUCUAUUCAGUGGAAUGGUUUCUGGGAACACAGCUCAACACAUCUGAUAUUGGGAAAGGAUAUUUGCCGGUCAUUAAACUUUCAGCCAAUAAAACGUGUCAAGUAGACCAGCAUUGUUACUGUCCAUAUGUUGGUUCCUGUGCCUAUUAUAACUACACAGUAAAACUGAACCAUCUGGUGAAUGAAAACACAAACAUGGGUACACAGGACAGGGAAUACUACUUCACAUUAAUGGUGACAAAUACAGCCAUGUUGAAGUCAGUAUGUCAUCUGGAUAUCCUGGUAGAUGCAUCACCGCCUGUUGCCGGAGUUGUUCUGGAGGGACCACCAGGAGGACCAGAUAUUGACUACACCAGUGAAGAUCAUGUAUACAUCAACAUGCAUGGUUUCAUUGAUCAUGAAAGUGGUAUCAGAUUGUAUCGUGUUGCCCUAGCAGAACGAUGUUUGACACUUGAGGAACUGAGAAAUGCUGGAAAUGCUAGCAUUGUAAUAGUUUACAAGACAGUCAAUCCAAUAAUAAAGUUAUCAUUUCCAAACAGUGGACUUUUUUACUCGUCUGCUGUUGCCUUCAAUAACGCGAUGGAGCCAUCAAUUGUCGUCUGUUCAGAUGGUAUUACAAAGGACACCACGCCUCCAAUGAUGACAAAUAUAAUAUUGAAAAAUGGACAAAUGUAUAGUGGACUGUGGUGUAAAAACGCCAAAGCUUGGUAUGUUGACAAGAAUAUGACCUUAAUAGAGUUACAGCAAACACCAGCAUGCCAAAAGAAAUGCAAACAUCAUAAAAGCUUGGGCUACGUGGGUGCUUUUCCUCUGCAACAUAAAGCUAUCAAUGACAAUGACACGUCUGAGGACAUCUGCUCUAGAUCACCUAUACUGAAUAACGAAUCUGUUAUCUAUCUUCCAUCAGACAAAAUAUACUUGAAAUGGAAAACUAAUGAGCCAGAGAGCCAGAUUAGAGAUUAUGUUAUUGGGAUUGGUGAUGACAAGUCACAGACAGAUGUACCGUUAGUGAGAUCUUAUGAAUCAACACAUGGAAAGGAAUUCUUUCAUCUUUCAUAUUCUGGUUUAACAAGCACAUCUAUAUUUUACAUUUUUAUGAAAGUUAUCAACAAAGCAGGUUUAUCAUCAGUUGUUGUGCUCGGACCUGUCAUGAUAGAUGAAACAUCACUACCACGGAUAACAGAAACACUGCAGCCCAGAAUAAACAAUAACGGCAUAAAAGACCCCGAGAAAACUGGUAAUCAAUUUACUGUACUCUAA